GCCACGUGAGACGCUGCGGAGAUUAAAUGGCCAAGACAGACAAGUGGAAUUAGGCCUUGGUAUGGAGACUUUAUUUUCUUCAUUUAUGAUGAGGCGGCUAAUGAAACUGUGAUGGUUACUUGUUUCUCACAGGCUGUAGUAAACACAGGUGUGAAGGAACCGUUUGCCAUGGAAGCCAAGGAGCUGGAGAGCCCAGCGUCCACAUAUCAUUUCAUUCCUGAGGCCAGCCAGCCCAGGGAGGAAGAUGACAGCGUGCCACCUCAGGGGACCACAGAAACUAUGCAGCUGAAGAAGGAGAUCUCUCUGCUGAAUGGGGUCAGCCUGGUGGUAGGCAACAUGAUUGGCUCAGGAAUCUUUGUCUCACCCAAGGGCGUUCUGGUACACACAGCUUCCUAUGGGUUGUCGCUGGUCAUAUGGGCUAUUGGCGGACUUUUCUCCGUUGUGGGUGCCCUUUGCUAUGCAGAACUGGGGACCACCAUCACCAAGUCUGGGGCCAGCUAUGCUUAUAUUCUAGAGGCCUUUGGGGGCUUCAUUGCCUUCAUCCGUUUGUGGGCCUCCCUGCUAAUUGUUGAGCCCACCAGUCAGGCCAUCAUCGCCAUCACCUUCGCCAACUACAUCAUCCAGCCCUCUUUUCCUACCUGUGAUCCCCCAUACCUGGCCUGCCGUCUCCUCGCUGCUGCUUGCAUAUGUCUGCUGACGUUUGUGAACUGUGCCUAUGUCAAGUGGGGCACACGUGUACAGGACACGUUCACUUAUGCAAAGGUCCUAGCUCUCAUUGCCAUCAUUGUCAUGGGCCUUGUUAAACUGUGCCAGGGACACUCUGAGCACUUUCAGGACGCCUUUGAGGGUUCCUCCUGGGGCAUGGGAGACCUCUCUUUCGCCCUCUACUCUGCCCUCUUCUCUUACUCAGGUUGGGACACCCUUAAUUUUGUAACAGAAGAAAUCAAAAACCCAGAAAGAAAUUUGCCCCUGGCCAUUGGGAUUUCUCUGCCAAUUGUGACGCUCAUCUACAUUCUGACCAACGUGGCCUAUUACACAGUGCUGAGCAUUUCAGAUGUCCUUGGCAGUGCUGCCGUGGCCGUGACAUUUGCUGACCAGACAUUUGGCAUGUUCAGCUGGACCAUCCCCAUUGCUGUUGCGCUGUCCUGCUUUGGGGGCCUCAACGCGUCUAUCCUUGCUUCAUCAAGGUUGUUCUUUGUGGGCUCCCGUGAGGGCCACCUCCCAGACCUUCUGUCCAUGAUUCACAUUGAGCGUUUUACACCCAUCCCUGCUUUAUUGUUCAAUUGCACAAUGUCACUCAUCUACCUCAUUGUGGAGGAUGUUUUCCUGCUCAUCAACUACUUCAGCUUCAGCUACUGGUUCUUUGUGGGCCUGUCUGUUGCUGGACAGCUCUACCUACGCUGGAAGGAGCCUGAGCGGCACCGGCCUGUCAAGCUGAGCCUGUUUUUUCCCAUCGUGUUCUGCAUAUGCUCCUUGUUUCUGGUGAUUGUGCCCCUCUUUGGAGACACCAUCAAUUCCUUCAUUGGCAUUGGGAUCGCCCUCUCGGGAGUUCCUGUUUACUUCCUGGGUGUUUACCUGCCAGAGUCCCGGAGGCCAGUCUUUGUUCGGAAUGUCCUUGCUGCUAUCACCAAAGUCACCCAGAAGAUUUGCUUUUGUGUCCUGACUGAGCUAGAUGUACCUGAAGAGAGAAAGGUUGAGAAGAAAAGUGACUAGAGGCCAGAGGUGAAGUCCCCUGAGGCCUGGAAGGUUGCCUACCUGUGGCCAUAGCCACCAAAGUCCGGAUGAUAAGACUGUGUGGGCACAGCCCUCUUGUACUAAAGGAGCCUGUUGGCCCACAUUAUGUAAGGGGCUGAGGGCUGAUGGCCUCUUUAGGUGGCCACUCUCACUGGUAAACUCUGGGAGGAGACUCAAGAGUCUGGGGCCAGCCCGAAGGUGGAGAUGCCAGAGGGUGGUGGUUGUGGGGGGCUUGGGAAUGGUGGUUGUUUUGUUCUUGGUGGCUGGGUGCAUCCCUUACAGACACUUAGUGAGUUGCGCUGGGGGAAGGAGUGCUAGCUAGAUUAAUAGCUAUGGCUGGUAGUUUCUGAAUUUGAUAUUUGAGGUUUGAACCAGGAGUCUCUAUAAAGGGGCUGCUUUUAUGGGAAGUUUUCUUCUGACCAGGUCCAGGCACCUGACUUUAUAGGCCUGAAAUGCUACCCUUUCUUCUUCUGGUUCAAAAGCCUUCCCUGGGGAGAUGCUUGUAUUCCAUUAUUUACUGAUAAUAUUUAACCCAGAACACCAAUUCUAGCCAAGUAUUCACCUAUAAGAUGCAAUAGACUGUUUAUAAAUUCAGAGUACCAAAAGCUGAGUCCCUCUGUCCUUAGAGGUGCCUCUAUGUGGUGGUGGAUCAGACUCUGACCACAGACUUUUUUUUUUGCUUGGUUUUAGCACAAUCUUCUGUAGAGUCUUACCUGCAAAGGUGCUUUAAAGAUUUUUUACUCAUGUACCUGUUACACUUUAGUAUAUAUAGGUCAUGUUACAAGCACCUGGCUCAAGUUCAGCAAGGACAGAUGAACACAUUCAUGAGUCAGAAGUCUGACAAUAUUACUAUUUUGAAGGAUAACCCCUUAUUUUACUUGAGGCCUGGUUUUUGUUCUAGUCGAUAAAUCUGUCUCUGGUGAGGACAGAAACUUCUAGAGUUGAGGUGGAUCACCUGAAUUCUUUCAGCUGUCAAUGUCUCAUGGACCCAAGCCACCAAAUAGCUUGUUUCUCUCUGUAAGGGUCGGUAUGAGGGACUGCUGUGCAGACCCACGCAAGCCCACCUAGGUGCUAGACGUGGUUGUUUUCUUCUUCUGAAAACUACACCAGGCUGCAUCCUCUUCUGUCCCCAAUACCAGACUUUGUUUACACUGAGCCGCCUCGGUGCGGAUCAUCAGGACAGUGCACUCCUCUCCUGCCUGCCUCCUGGUGCGAGGUCCGGUAGGGCUUCAGUCUCAGGAAGACCUCGGUACUCAUGGGGCCUUUUUUCCCUGUGAUCAGUGAAGACUGGGGGAAAAGCUGCUUUAACCUCAAUUUGGCUCCUCAGCAUAUGGCACGAUUGGAAACACUAAUUUUGGUGCUCAGGCUGCUCUUAAGCACCCAGGUCAGGCCAGAGCACUAGGUCUGGCCUAAUGGAUGCUCCCUCGUAGGCAGCUUGGCUGCACUGGAUUGUACAACUGUCCCAGGAUGACCUCAGACAUAGUCAUCCUUGGCCCAGAAGAACCUGCUGGCUUGGCAUGCCCCUUGGGCUUCUUGUCCUUAGGUUUUGGAAUUGAUCGAUGGUAAAGACAAGAACUAUGAGGCAAUCUCCCUUUCUGACCAUUCUUCUCCAGCAAACUGGCCCACCUCAGACAAGGGGGUAACCUUGGUCAUACUUGCUCAAUAAAAACAAUUUAGGGGA